CGUGGCUCCUUCUUUGUGUGGAGCAGCUGGUCCUGGAGGCAGAGAGGCGAAAGCCUGGGGCUGGCCCUCCGAAGUCGAGGGGGGGCAGAGAGAGAGAAAGAGAGACGCAGGCGCAGCACAGAGAGAGAGAGGGAGAGCUGGGGCCCCCUUUGCAGCCAGACCCCUCCAGGAGACCAGACUGCCUCCCUCUUUCCCCAGCUGCCCUCCUCACCUGGCCCUCCUCCUCCUCCUCACCUGCCGCCCUCCUUCCCUCCCUCUCUCUCACCCCAGCCCUUGGGGCUUCCCUCCCUCCAUCCUCCUUCCAAGAGCCCCAACAACAACUUGGAGGAGGCUUCUCCUCGCUGGAUCUUGCCUGGGAAGCCUCUCUGAACUUCAACCAAGCCCCCCUCUUUUCUUAUUCGGGACCCCCAACCAGCCCUCUUUCCACCCCCUCCCCACCAUUGCCUCCCCUCCUUUGCAAGAUGGAUGUAAGAUUUUACCCGCCUUCCUCGGGAAGCUCUCUGCCCGGAGACCCCUCCAACCUGGACUUUGCCCAGUGCUUGGGCUACUACGGCUACAACAAGUUUGGCAACAACAAUAACUACAUGAACAUGGCAGAAGCAAAUAAUGCCUUUCUUACUGCAAAUGAGCAAACAUUCCAUACUCCAAGUCUUGGUGACGAAGAGUUUGAGAUUCCACCAAUUACACCGCCACCUGAACUGGACCCCACCAACCUAGGGAUGUCAGAUAUACUCCUGCCUUUUCAAGGACUAAGUGAUCAGUUGGCUGCACAAGGGAAUGAGUUUACUCCCCAGUUUCCACCACAGAGCUUGGAUCUUCCUUCCAUUACGAUAUCUCGAAACCUUGUGGAACAAGAUGGAGUCAUCCAAAGCAAUGGAAUACAUAUGGAUCACACUCAUACAGACGUGCCUCAGUAUCGCCAGGACCACUCUUUGAUUAUGAGAUCCAUUGUCCACAUGGCAGAUGCCACUCGUUCUGGAAUUAUGCCUCCUAACCAGCUGACCACUAUUAACCAGUCCCAGCUAAGUGCUCAACUGGGACUGAAUUUAGGUGGUGCCAACCUGCCACAUACCUCUCCUUCUCCGCCUGCAAGCAAAUCGGCAACCCCUUCGCCAUCCAGUUCUAUAAAUGAAGAAGAUGGAGAGGACUCAAACAGGACUGCAGGAGAGAAGAGAGCUGCCCCUGAUUCUGGCAAGAAGCCCAAGACACCGAAGAAAAAGAAAAAGAAAGACCCCAAUGAACCGCAGAAGCCAGUAUCAGCAUAUGCCCUGUUCUUCAGGGACACGCAAGCAGCAAUUAAAGGCCAGAACCCUAAUGCUACCUUUGGAGAAGUUUCAAAAAUUGUCGCAUCAAUGUGGGAUUCCUUAGGAGAAGAACAAAAACAGGUAUAUAAAAGGAAAACGGAAGCUGCAAAGAAAGAAUACCUUAAGGCACUUGCUGCUUACAGAGCAAGUUUGGUUUCCAAGGCUGCUGCAGAGUCAGCGGAGGCACAAACAAUCCGUUCUGUCCAACAGACACUGGCAUCCACAAAUUUGUCCUCCUCUCUCCUUCUCAACACCCAACUUUCCCAACACACAGCGGUGGCCACGUCACCUCAGACUCUUCAGCAGUCCCUCCCCAGGGCCAUCGCCCCCAAGCCUCUAGCAAUGAGGCUGCCAAUGAAUCAGAUUGUGGCCUCUGUCACCAUUGCCCCCAACAUGCCCACAAACAUUUCCACCUCGCUGAUCAGUUCAAUGGGAAGCAACAUGGUGGGCACCUCGGCAUCGGGGUCUACCCAAGUCAGCCCCUCUUUGCAAAGCCAGCAGCACCAACUCCAGCAGCUCCAGCAGCUCCAACAACAGCAGAUGCAUCAGCAGCAACUCCACCAGCAGCACAUGCACCAACAGAUCCAGCAGCAAAUGCAGCAGCAGCAUUUCCAGCACCACAUGCAACAACACCUGCAGCAGCAGCAGCAAUUGCAGCAGCAGAUGCAGCAGCAGAUGAGUCAGCAGCAGAUGCAACAGCAACUCCAGCAGAUGCAGCUUCAGCAAAUGCAGCAGCAGCAGUUACAGCACCAGUCCCAGCCUUCCCCGCCGCAACAUUCUCCUGCAGCAUCGCAGAUCACGUCCCCGAUCCCCGCCAUUGGAAGCCCACCACCAGCCACCCAACAGCACCAGUCCCCAAUACAAACCCAGACACAGACUCAACUGUUAUCACAGGGCAGUAUUUUCUGAAGACACAUGUUACAAAAAUGAAAAGGGGGGAAAAAAGGCUGCUUUGCAACAAAGAGUUAAGCAAAUGUGAACCUUGGCUGGUGAAAAAUUGCAUCGCCGAUGGUGUAGUUAUGCAGGAAUGCAUAACAGAUAAAGUGAGCCUCUAAGCUGUCUAUUAGAUAGGCAAUAAAGAACUACAAUGUAGCUGUGUAUACUCUUUUAGGUGACUGAAUAUAUAUAUAUAUUUUGUUUCUUCCACUCUUUUAUUUUAGAAGAAAAAGCUGUGCUCUUUGGGUGUUUUGUUUUUUCCCUCUCCACACAGUGCUUAUUUAAUUUAUUUUGAGCUUUACCUACAAUAUGUGAAUCAAAUAAUCUUGGAUAUUCCUGGGCAUUAAGACUGAAACAAAAGGCCUUUUUACGGUUUCAGAUUAAAACGGUCAGUUCUUGUAAAAUUAGUCAAUGAUCUUCAAACCAGUUGGUUUGGUGGUUUGUUUUUUGAAAAAUGAUUUACAUUCACGAAGCCCUUAAAAAGCACAGUUGUAACUACCUGUAAAAUGUCGAUUGGAUUUCAUGCAAUCACACUCUUGUGAGAUGAGUAGUUGACGGUGUUUUCUUCUGUCAUAAAUAUAUAUAUAUAUAUAUAUAUAUGUAAAAAAAAUUCACAGACUUUGGCCAAAGCUCCUUUUUUAAAAAAUUACUCCAGAAAGUAACAAAAAAUGCAAGUAAAAGUUCUUACCCAUUUUACCAUCUAAGUUAUAAUUUCUGCAAAUGCCACCAGUAGGCUAUUAAAAACCUACUCUGACCCUAUUCCAGUUUAAAAACAAAAGUAAAUGUGAAUAUUCUAUUCUGUGUUUGAGUGACAACUUUCAGAUUUAAUACACUGUAUUUUUUAAAGAAGGAAAUGCACUUAAAUAAAACUGUUCCCAAAAAAAGAAAAAGACAAGAAGGGGGAAAAAGUGAGGUUUUGUUUUGUUUUUUAAAAAUGCUGUAAAUCCAGUAGGCUAUUUAAAAGGACUGCUGCAUCUGAAUAAUCCGUGUAAAUAUUUUCUUUUAAAAAGGUUGUAAGUUUUUCAUAUCAUGUGUUGUAAAGUUUUUCAUAAAUGAGGCUUUAAUGUAAACACUGGUAACAUGAAUGAUUUAAUGGCGACAUUGCUUACUGUGUUUUUAUGCUGUUUUAUACUUUUUUAUGAGUUACGAUAGCAGCAAUUACAUUGUUUGUAUUUUGCUUAUCUAAAACAAAUGCUUUUAUCUUGCUAUAGAAUAAACACAUUUCAGUAAAAAUACAGAGAUAUAUAUACAUAGAAACCCGGUGGUAUUCAAGACUAUUCUCAGCCAGGCCUAAAUGGUUAUAAUGGGAGGCCUGUUGACAUGUGCCACAACAACUCUACAAACUGUGAUGUCUACCACGAUAUUUCAAAUCCAGUGGUUCAGGGCUGAUUUUCGGAAAUGGCACAUUCAGCUUGCCAGGACUGGAGGGAAAUUGGCAUCGUCUU